GCCUUCCUCUAAUAGAAAAAAUUAUGACUAACGUUCCCACGUAUUGUAUAACCCGAUUUACUCAUCCAUGCCGUGCUUUCACAUGUUGCGGAAGGGAGAAAAAAAGAUCAAAUUGGCACUAAAAUCAACUAACCACUGAGAACCGUAUUUUGAAAGACCCGUUUAUUACCCGAUACCACCACUUUUUUUUUUUUUUUAUCCUAAUAGCCUACCAAGACAACAACUAAACAGCCCUUCGCCGAGCCCAGAAAAAUUUUUUUCUCUGUUUUGAAUAAAUAAUAAAUUCCUCUUUCUUUUUUCUUCCUGAUGUCCGAUUCCGCUUCUCAACGUUUGAAUCUCAUUCACAACCAUUUGAACAACAACAACAUGACAAAAUCCUCCAUGUCUGUCUUUCAAGAUGUCGCUCAGGCCCCUCCUGAUCCCAUUUUCAACUUGACCGCUCAAUACAAAGCAGAUACCUUUGAUAAAAAGAUCAAUGUCGGUGUGGGUGCUUUCCGUACUGACGAACUCAAACCUUAUAUUUUACCCGUGGUGAAAAAAGCCAAAGUCAUAUUGCAUGAAAAUGAAGCAUUAGAUCAUGAAUAUUUACCUAUUGCGGGUAAUCCUUCUUAUACCAAGGCUGCUGCAAAACUCAUCUUGGGCGCUGAUAGUCCUGCGAUGAAAGAAGGUCGUUUUGCUGCCGUACAAACUCUUUCUGGUACCGGCGCCAAUCAUACGGGUGCCUUGUUCCUCUCCAAAUUCUAUACCAAGAGUAAAAAAUGUUACAUUUCAAAUCCUACAUGGGCCAACCAUCGUAGUAUCUUUAGUCUCGUAGGUUUCGAUGUACAAGAGUAUCCUUAUUGGCAACCUGAAACCCGCGGACUCGAUUACGAACGUUUAUUGCAAUGCAUGCGUGAAGCGGAAGAAGGUUCCAUUUUUGUCCUUCAUGCCUGUGCCCAUAAUCCCACAGGUGUAGACCCUACGCGUGAUCAAUGGAAAGCAAUCGCUCAAGUGAUGCGUGAGAAGAACCACCUUCCCUUCUUUGACUGUGCUUAUCAAGGUUUUGCCUCGGGUGAUUUAGAUAAGGAUGCCUGGGCUGUACGCUACUUUGUUGAACAAGGUUUCGAAUUGUUUGUCUGUCAGUCCUUUGCGAAAAACUUUGGUUUAUAUGGUGAACGCACGGGUAAUUUAACCUUGGUGACGAAAACACCUGCCGAUGCUCAACGUGUCCUCUCGCAAAUCGAAAAACUUCAGCGUGCUGAAAUCUCUAAUCCUCCUGCUUUCGGUUCUCGCAUUGUCGACAUUGUCUUGAAUGACCCCUCUCUCUAUCAAGAAUGGAAGGACAACCUAAAAUACAUGUCGAGUCGUAUUAUUGAAAUGAGACAUGCCCUCCAGCAGCAUUUGAUAGAUUUACAAACACCAGGUACAUGGGAUCAUAUCACCAACCAAAUUGGUAUGUUUUCUUUCACCGGCUUGAAGCAACCUCAAGUCAAAGUCUUGAGAGAGAAAUACCAUAUUUACAUGACAGAUAAUGGCCGUAUUUCAAUGGCAGGUGUUUCAUCGAAAAACGUUGCUUAUUUGGCAAAGUCCAUUGACGAUGUUGUACGUAACGUGCCUGUUUAAAAAUUUUAUAGACUUUUUGCCCAUGCAUCCUCUCUUCCCGUUCACACCCCCUUUCGCAUACAUCCUUUUCAUACUCUUUUUUUUUUUUUUAACUUUUU